GCCAAAGAGGAAGCGCACAAACAGUCACAGCUUUAUGAUCCGCGUGCACUGACCGAGCGACCAGCCUGUAUAGCUCCUCUCUCUCUCUCUUUCGAUCACUCUCUCUUCCUCUGACCUGCUCUCUCUCUCUCUCUCUCCCUCUCGCGCGCGCUCAUUAUUCGGUACCGCGUUCCAUCCGCGCGCACAGCCUCUUCAUGUAGACGGUAAGCAGCGCCUCUGUCGUCGGCUUCCUCUGCGCCAUGGAGGAGGAGGAGGACUGCUGCUGCUCCCCGGAACGCGAGAGGAUGGAAGCGUGGCUGGACGACCACUUGGAGUUCACUCACUCCUACUUUAUCAGGAAAGCGUCAAGGGAGAUGGUGAAUGCCUGGUUCGCUGAGCGCGUCCACACCAUCCAACCAUCGGCCUCCAAAGAGAAUCCUCUAGAGCAGCGCUCGUCUACCAUACCCACCAUCCUCCCGCCAACCAUCACCCUCUUGGACAACCGCUGCCCUUCCCCAGGGUCAGUCCCCAGCCCGGCCCCCAGCACCCCUACUCGCAAAAUCUCAGCGUCAGAGUUCGACCGCCCGCUCAGACCCAUCGUGGUGAAAGACUCUGAGGGCUCAUUGACAUUUCUGAGCGACGCAGACCGCGAGACUGUUCUUCUGCGUGGCCCGGUGAUGGGCGAGGGCGGCCAUGUUGGAGGUGACGGCGGUCACGGAGGUGGAGGCAGCAGCGGGGGAGGCAGUGGCACCGAGGGCGACCGCUGCGCCAGGCUGCUGGAGCUGGUGAAGGAAGUGUCGAGUCACCUGGAUGUGACAGCACUCUGCCACAAGAUCUUCCUGCACAUCAAUGAGCUGAUUGCUGCUGACCGCUACUCGCUGUUCCUGGUGGGCGAGGACAGCUCCAACAGGAAGUUCUUGGUGAGCCGGCUGUUUGACGUGGCCGAGGGAUCCACGCUGGAAGAGUCGUCCAGUAGCUGCAUCCGUCUGGAGUGGAACAAGGGCAUCGUGGGACACGUCGCCGCGACGGGACAGCUGCUCAAUAUCAAGAACGCAUACGAGGACCCCAGGUUCAACGCCGAGGUCGAUCUGAUCACAGGUUACAAAACCCAGAGCAUCCUUUGUCUGCCCAUCAAGAACCACAGAGACGAGGUAGUUGGAGUGGCUCAGGCUAUCAAUAAGAAAUGUGGGGAGGACGGUGCGUUCACUGAACAGGAUGAAAAGGAUUUCUCAGCCUAUUUGGCCUUUUCGGGCAUCGUCCUGCACAACGCUCAGCUCUACGAGACGUCGCAGCUGGAAAACAGACGCAAUCAGGUGCUGUUGGACUUGGCCAGUCUGAUCUUUGAGGAGCAGCAGUGUCUGGAGGUUCUCCUGAGGAAGAUCGCCGGAACCAUCUUGUCCUUCAUGCAGGCCCAAGCCUGUACCGUCUUCAUUGCCGAUGAAGACUCAAUGAACUCCUUCUCUAGUGUCUUUUACAUGGAGUACGAGGAGCUCCGUGAAGUCUUAGAUGCUCCCAAAAGGGACUGUGACGUCGGUCAGAUUGACUACAUGUUUGCGCAGUAUGUUAAAAACACCAUGCAGCCUCUCAACAUCGCAGACGUCACCAAGGACCAACGCUUUCCCUGGACUAGUGAAAACCCAGAUCACACCAACUACCAGAUAAAGAGUUUGCUCUGCACUCCCAUCAGAAAUGGAAAGAAGGACAAAGUCAUAGGUGUCUGUCAGUUGGCGAACAAGAUGGACGAAGCUUCGGGCAGCGUGAAGGCCUUCAACAGGAACGACGAGCAGUUCCUGGAGGCGUUCGCCAUAUUCUGCGGCCUGGGCAUCCAGAACACACAGAUGUACGAGACUGUGGAGCGAGCCAUGGCAAAGCAGGAGGUCACACUGGAGGUCCUGUCAUAUCACGCCUCUGCCACAGAGGAAGAAUCGAGGGAACUCCAGGUAACCACGGUCGCCACGGUGCCUUCUGCCCAGUCACUGCGACUCAUAGACUUCAGCUUCAGUGACUUUGACUUGUCGGACACCGAAACCACGCUGGCUACCAUCCGCAUGUUCGUCGACCUCAACCUGGUGCAGAACUUUCAGAUGAAGUACACGAGUCUGUGCCAGUGGGUUCUGAGUGUGAAGAAGAACUACAGGAAGAACGUGGCCUAUCACAACUGGAGACACGCCUUCAACACAGCGCAGUGCAUGUUCGCCCUCCUUAAGUCAGGACGCUUACAGAACAACCUCAGCGACGUGGAGGUCUUGGCUCUGAUGAUUGCAACUCUCAGCCACGACCUGGACCACAGAGGAGUCAACAACUCCUACAUACAGAGGAGCGACCACCCACUGGCGCAGCUCUACUGCCACUCCACCAUGGAGCACCACCACUUUGACCAGUGCCUCAUGAUCCUCAACAGCCCCGGAAACCAGAUCCUGAGCGGCCUCUCCCUGGACGAGUACAAAGCCACUCUGAAGAUGAUUGAGAGGGCUAUUCUGGCCACAGACUUGGCCCUGUACAUGAAGAGGCGAGGGGAGUUCUUUGAGCUCACUAAAAACAGCCAGUUUGACUGGGAGGACGAGUAUCACAGAGAUUUACUGAGGUCAAUGCUGAUGACUGCAUGUGACAUAUCAGCCAUCACCAAACCCUGGCCAGUGCAAAAGAGGAUCGCAGAGCUGGUGGCCACUGAGUUUUUUGAGCAGGGGGAUAAAGAGAGACAAGAGCUCAACAUUGAACCCAUUGACCUAAUGAAUCGUGAGAAGAGAGAUAAGAUUCCCAGCAUGCAGGUGUCCUUCAUUGAUGCCAUUUGCAUUCAGUUAUAUGAGACUUUGGCUGGGAUGUCGGAGUACUGUUCUCCUUUGUUGGAGGGAUGUCAGAAAAACCGGCAGAAUUGGAAGCGUUUGGCCGAGGAGUGCGAGAAGGAACUGGUCAACGGCUUGGUGUGAUUCCACAGCACAGCUUUCCUGGGUUUUUACGUGUUCAACACAGUCUCACGAAGUUUCAUAAAUUUGGUAUAAACGUAAACGGAGAAGAUUGUAUUAUGUCAUGAUACAUCUAACUUGUGAUCCAAUUUUUACACUCGGUACACAAGUUUUUGUGAUCCGCGAUAUUGCGAUAAUUAAGGAAAAAAAAGUUUUAAACACUUGAAAAGUCACUAACAUUUUAUUUUAUUUAAAAAACAACAUUUUAGAUAAUUGUUCUCUUUUUGUCUGCAGUUAAGUUAAAAAAAUUGCUCAUUUAUGAAUGAAAUAGUGUCCAUAAUGCUCCAAAGUAAAUGAAAAAUGUUCGAAAUGGAGCUUAAAACUAUUACAACUCAUUAACAGUAACCCAUAAAUGUACUUUCUAAAUUAAAUGGCAGUCUAGCUAGCUUUAGCAAAAAAAAAAAGGGUCACACCUAUGAAAUUAUAAAAGUUAUAAUAUCUCUAAGUGUGUGUAAAUACACUUUAAUCCCUUAAACACAGACUCGUGCUAGCUUAAUGUUAGCUAACUAACAUUAGUUAGCGAGCUGGUGACAUUGGUUCAGUUUCCACGUGUAAAUCACACUUUUGUGCUAAAUUUGUGAAACUUUGUGAGACAGACUUAUUCAUUCAUAAUAGCCGUCACUCACCAGAGACAAUAACAGUCAGCACUAAGCUAUAUUUAUUAAUAAUAGCCGUUUUUAUUUUUGCACAGAGUGGCUUUCAUUUUGAAGUCUCACACUCACACACACACAAGCGCACACACACUAUCUCUCACAGGUAGUGGGGUUUCUAGGGGGAAUCACUAAAUGGUGACACCGCACUAUUUCCAGUGGGCUACAGAUAUUAUUGUAUACAUACUAUAUACACUCUACAUAGUGUCGCACUCAUCCCAUAUGCUUGUUAAAUAUGUUUUGAAUCACGGCAGACGCACUACAAGGGGUUUGAGUCUUUUGGAACAUGUUUUCACUCAUUGUCUUAACUAUUGCAUAUUUAUUUUUUGUUUGUUUUAUAUAUUUAUUAGAGUUUCUAUAUUGUGGGGCGGGGUGGGGGAGGGGUCGUCCUUUUUGUCAAGAGCACACGGUUCUUUAUGUAGGAGAAGUACUUUUCAUACUUUAAAAAAAGGGGGGGGGGGGAAAUCCCAUCUGGGCUUUCUUAUAAGAACAACUCUUUCAGAUGACGUUUGGAAAUGUACUGUAUUGUAUCGACUUUUGUUUUUAUGUAACAAUAGCCAAAGACUAGGCCAGCGAAUUCAAAUGGAAAGAGGGUCUAGAUUCUUCCACUGCCUUGUUGUGAUAAAGUAGGACCAACUCACAAUUUAAAAAAACAAAACAAAACUAUAUUUUAUUUCGUCCAUAUCUCUCCGAGCCCGUGAAUGCCUUUCUCCUAUAAGAGGCUGUUUUUGUACGUCCUAUUUUUAUAAGUGAACGAUGCAUUGUGGGCUAUCCCUUUUACUGUAAAGGGAUAGAAAUCAGCAGAAACUCCUGUUAUGAAAUGGUUAAAACUGGGCUUUCAACUUUUGGUUUGUCUUCAUUACUGAAUAACCAGGUAUUUUACUAAUUAAUCAAUUGUUUAAAAAGAAAAUAGCAGUGUCAAAACUUACUGGUGACAACUUCCCAGUGAAAAGAACUAACAUCAAUAAUAAAAAACACAAAAAACAGCAAUUUUCUUCAAUCCCACAGCUGUAUGAUACCAAAUUCAAUCAUUAUUUCAUCCAAAGAUUAUGGUCUAAACUGAUUUUAGGUGAUGAAUUAGGCCCAAUCGAAAUUUAAUUUACUCACUUAAACAAGCAGAUGACUUUGUAGAAGUGUAGUACGCACAAUAAGAGGUGCAUUUUUAUGAACAGAAACAAACUAGUACAGACAGCCUGGUCUUAACUAAAGCACUUUUGUAGAUGCACAUGGUCAGAAAGCUCAUUUGUCCCUGUGGCUGUUUUUGUAUUUUCAGAAGUGUGCAGUCAGUUUCACGUGCCUGUCUACAACAGACGACAUUUCCUCCCGGCUUUAGUCUCUGGCUCUUUUUGUUUCCUUGCAUGUUCAUGAGAGGGCAUUACACCAGAGAGAAAGGAUUGUUUUAAUUAAAAGAAUAAUCUUUUUGUUGUUUUUUUUAAAGAGAGAAUCCCAGACUUGUGUGAGUGUCUAUUGCAGGCGAGAUAAUUUCAUAUAGAGAUGAUAUGGUACGUUUUUGACAGAGUUCCACAUCUGCAACUGUUGACACCACUAAAACACUGUGAGCCAAGUAAUGGUAUGUGCUAUUAAAGAAUAAUGCUAAUUUUC